UCGGCUCUAUAAUAACACGAGAAGCACCGGCGCCUCCACACUCGCGGUGUAAACACGAACGGUGUGGACGGUUUUACGCGCGUCGAAAAAGAGGAUUUACCAACGCCUUUCCUCUUUUAUUCUUCGUUUUCCGCCUUUCUUCUUCUUCUUCUUCUUCUUCUUCUUCUUCAUCUUCAUCUUCUUCUUUUAAUAUCCACGCGGCGCAACAGAGAAAAUAAUGCACGCAGAGUGAAAUUAUUCAACCUUUAUUGGGGGGGUUGACGCGCUUUUUCACGCGGGGUGAUGGAUAUUAUUGGUGCGCACCAGGCAGGUGUCCCUGAAGGCACCACGGAUCGACUCGGAGAACACCAUCUGAUGGCCGGAAGCGCUGACCGCGGUGAGCGAGGCCCCGCCCCUCUUCGAGCCGGCCUACGCCGCCGCGCACAUGAAGGCUGAGAUGACGCCGCCCGGCGGCUUCGGAGGCCACGCCUCCAAGCGGAGCCCCGAGCCCCCCGAUCCGGAGUGGGCGGGGCCGGGGAAACGAGGAGACCACGUCAACGGGCCCAGCCGUGAGUCCCCGGUUGACUGCAGCGUCACCAAGCGCUCCCGACCCAUGAGCGGCGACCCCGGGGGCCCGAUGCCGCCGUACCCGUCCUCGUACCCGGAGCCGCGCGCCGGCCCCCAGCCGCCCCCCCCGGCCACCGGCGUCACGGAGGAGAAGAGGGUUAUCGUGCCGGCAGACCCGGAGGUCUGGACCCAGGACCACGUGCGCCAGUGGCUGGACUGGGCCAUCAAGGAGUACGUCCUGGAGGAGGUGGACGUGAUGCUGUUCCAGGCGCUGGACGGCAAGGCGCUGUGCAAGAUGAGCAAGGACGACAUGAUGCGCUUCACGUCGGCCUACAACGCCGACAUCCUGCUCUCGCAUCUCAGCUACCUCCGCCAGAGUAGCCCGACGUUCUCGUACUCCACGACUCCGACCAACACCACCACACCUCCACCAGCAGCACCAGCACCUGCACAGCCCAGACUACAGGUGAAAGCAGAGAGCGGCGGCUUUGAGGAGAUCAGCUGCAGGAGCAGCUGGGCGGCCAACAGCAUGAGCGCCGCGCCAAAAGGUCCCUCCAUGGAGCAGCAGCACAGCUCCAGGGCCACGGAGCCGGCUCCUAGGAUCAUCCAAGACCCGUAUCAGACUCUAGGGCCCAUCAGCAGCCGGCUCGCCAACCCAGACGCCGUCAGCACGGCCAAGAACCGGGCUGCCAAACCGAGUCCGUACAAGCUGCCCGACCCCAGCGCUCACCGGCCUGUGGGCUCGGGUCAGAUCCAGCUGUGGCAGUUCCUGCUGGAGCUGCUGUCCGACAGCAACAACGCCGGCAUCAUCACGUGGGAGGGAACCAACGGCGAGUUCAAGAUGACGGACCCGGACGAGGUGGCCAAGCGCUGGGGCGAGCGCAAGAGCAAGCCCAACAUGAACUACGACAAGCUGAGCCGCGCGCUGCGCUACUACUACGACAAGAACAUCAUGACCAAGGUGCACGGCAAGCGCUACGCCUACAAGUUCGACUUCCAGGGCAUCUCGCAGGCCCACCACAACCACUCGGCGGAGGGGGGCGGCGGCGGGGGGAUGGUCAAGUACCAGACGGAGAUGUCCUACGUGCAGCCCUACCACAGCCACCAGCCCAAAAUGAACUUCAUGGGGGGCCACACCGCCCCCAUGCCCGUGUCCCCCGGGAGCUUCUUCAGCCCGCCGUCGACGUACUGGAACUCCCCCAGCAGCCCCAUCUACCCCGGGUCGGCCAUGACCCGGCACCCCGCGGCCCACUCCCACCUGAGCUCGUACUACUGAGUCUGCAGGAGGGGUGACGCAACAGGGCGGCCAUUGUUUGGGCCUGGGUCUCGUUCCUUGGAUGAAGCUCGGGGGAUCUGGCACUGUACGCCUCUCCCGGGAUCUUAUUGUUUUAUAUCAAUGUGAUUAACGGUUAUCGGAUGUUACCAAACCAAGUCUAUUUUGUAAGUACCGUGUUGGAUGUGUUCCAGCGCCCUGACAUGUGUAAAGGAUUCACUGUAUAGAAUGACGUGUAUUAAUGUGUAACUGUACUCUCUGGAAAGCCAAUAAAACGACAUGUGGGAACAACGGC